CUGAGAUUUAGGGUAUGUCGAAGUAUGGUCUCCAGCUGCGUGGAUCCAAAACGCUGGCCAAGCCGGCGGCAGCCAAGUCGGUUCCAGCAGUCUUCAACGAUGACGACGACGACGAUAAUGUCGAGCGGGAGAUUGCCCGCCAGGCUGCCAAGCAGAGGAGCAUUCGAGAGGCGGAGAAGCAGCAGAAGCAAGCUUUAGAACAGGACCCAAGUGCUUUCGACUACGAUGGAGUUUAUGAUAGUAUGAAGUCGAGCCAAGCUCGUCCGGCACAACGAGCUGUGAAGCGUGAGUCCAAAUACAUUCCGCACUUGAUCGAGAAGGCUAAGCUCCGGGAACGGGAGCACGACAUAAUCUACGAGAAGCAGCUAGCCAAGGAACGAGCAAAGGAGGAUCAUUUGUAUGGUGACAAAGAAAAAUUCGUGACCUCCGCAUACAAGAAGAAGCUCGCAGAGCAAGAGAAAUGGUUGGCAGAAGAGCGCAUGAGAGAGCUUAAGGAAACUGCGGAGGAGGUCACCAAGCGUGACGACCUCAGCGACUUCUACAGGAACCUGUCAAGGAACGUUGCCUUUGGUGGCGGCGGAUCCCACCGUAAUGCUGAAAGCUCUCAACGCGCAGAUAGAGCUGAAAGCCAAGAUCAACGCUCGGCGUCCGAGAAUGCAUCUCCGAACAACACCACAGAGGCUGCAGACCAAACUCCAGGAAACAAGGAGGAACGAGUCUCAAAAGACACUGACCAGGAAGAACUGCAAACGCAAGAGCCAUCCGUCGAAGGACAAGAGCAGCAGGAGCAGCAGCAGCAGCAGGAGAGCGCGGAAGAAUCCAGGAAACGGAAAGAAGUGGAAGCAAGGCAACGGUAUCUGGCUCGGAAGAAGCUCAAGCCUGUCGCUUAAAUGUGUCUGUAUCAAAGUUUCGUAAGCUUUUACAUGAUCGCUGGUACGUCUUGAA